AUGAAACAACAACAGAUUGAUGUUUGGUCCUGUAACUAUAAGGUUUGGUUUAUAGGAGAAAAUGCUAAUUAUACUGCAUCUGAGUAUACCUGGGAGUCUGCAAAGCCGCUAGUCAAUUUUUCAGAAUUGCAGCUAAGUAAUGGGGAAAAUCGAGGUGCCAGUGGUACUGGUAUUGGAUAUGUAAUAAACCCAAUGCUUAAGGUCCUAGAUGAAAUGUAUAGAGCUCAAGAUGAUCUUGCCAGGCGAGAAUACUUGAUCACCUGGAUGACAGUGUUGAUGAUGUUUGCUGAUCGACUGGAGGAACAGAUCGUUCACACUUCUUCGCCCACAGUAAUAGAUGGCGGGGUUUGGAGAUCAGGAGGAACAGGUUUGAGGUCAGGACUCCAGCUUGGAGGCGAUGGUGGCUUGGGGGAUCUGGAGGAACAGCGGCGGCGACGGCCAUGGCCGGCCGCGGCGGUGUGGGGCGGCGACGGUGCGGUGGCCCGCAAAAUUCGCAGGCGGAAGCAGCGCAUACUCGGUGGCGAUAUAUGGCGGCUGCGAGGCCCAGGGGCAGCGGCAAUAGCCUGGCGCGGCUGGCCGCUUGGGUGGCCGCGGCGGCCGCGGCACCGGCGGCAUUCCGGCGAGGUAGCGGUUCCGCAAGGCAAAUGGAGCGGUAGAGGAUGGACAGGAUCUCACCAUGGUUCGUGCGCGGGCGACGAUGGGAUCGGAGACGACCCGAGCAGUGAUGGCCACGGGAGCAGCGGGUAUGGCGGCCACGGCGUUCACGACUCACGAGGCGCUCUGGUGGAGCUCAGAGCACGCGGGGAUGACGGCGAAAUUGGCAGCAGUGUGGGAGUGGAUCAAGAAGGGCGGGAUGGAGGGUGGCGGCGCAGCGAGCUGGGCGUCGCCGGCACUGGCGUCUGUGCGCGCGCCGUUCGCGAUGACCUUGGCACAACCGGGGCGCGCGUGGCGAGCGUGGCAGCGUUCCGCGGACGCGUGGGCGGCACGCGGCAGGCUUGGCGUUUCAUCGAGCAUGUGGCGGGCGAUGUCAGACGAAACCGCAGCUCGUCGCUUGUUUUGAUCCGUGGUUUCGUCAUAUUCUACUUUCAUUCGGAUCCAGAGGCUGUAACGAAAUAUCUUCACCGCAGCGUGUUCUACAAGUUUGAUUAA